CAAAAAAGCUUCACAUCCUUACUGUCUGGACUGAAAUCACUGUCUGGUGUGAAAUUAACAGUUUGCAGUAGAAUAUACGUCUCCAAAAAUCACACGCUAAAAUCCGAAUUCAAACGCGAUGCUAAGGAAAUUUUCAAAUCUACCGUCAAAAUAAUUAACAUGAAUAAACCCGAUAAAGUGGCCCGUAAAAUUAAUAACUGGGUAAAAGAUAAAACAAAAAAUCUGAUUCCGGAAAUAAUAACGCCAAAUAGUAUUUCUCCGCAAGCUUCGGUGAUACUAGUCAACGCGGUGUAUUUUUCGGGUAACUGGAUGAAUCAAUUCCACGACAUCGCAAUGCGAGAUUUUUAUACAGCUACUGACAAACGCAAGGUUCCUAUGAUGACGAGGGAGGGCAAAUACAAAUAUACUAAAAACGAUGCGCUCGAUUGUCAGAUGAUAGAAAUCCCCUACGUCGGAGGACAAGCAUCAUUUAUUAUAUUCCUACCAAAUACGAAGGAUGGGUUGCCGUUGCUGCUAUACAAAUUAAAACUAGCCCCAGACUUGAUGCAAACUGCUAUUAACAAAAUGCGAGUGGAGAAUGUAAUACUGUCCAUUCCGAAGUUUAAAACUACUACGGAAUUAGAUCUGAAAGUUUCAUAUGAGAAGUUGGGAUUAAAUCAAAUGUUAAAAACCCAUAAAUCCGGUUUAAACGAAAUAGUGACAGGGGACAAUCACUUAUACGUAUCGAAAGCCAUACAAAAGGCAGUUAUAGACGUAAACGAAAACGGCACAGAGGCCGCUGCUGCUUCUGCGGUGGAAGUUUCAUUGUUGUCAUUAAUUUUAACCAGAAAAACAUUCGAGGCCAACAGACCUUUUUACUAUUUUAUCAAAGUGAGGAAAGAGAAGAUUUUUACGGGUGUUUACAAUUAAAUCAUCAAAUCUUUUAUGUUUCUGUAAUUUGUAAUAAAAAUAAAUAAAAGGGCA